GACCCGGGAGGCGACGCCUCACGUCACGUUACGUCACGUCACGUAUGACGUAUGACAACAACAGGAAGACGGACCUCACGUUGCUGGUGAUGGCUCAGCAGGCGACGGCGGGCCGACGCUACCUGCAGGCGUUCGUUAGCGGCUUCUUCGUGGCCGUUCCCGUCACAGUCACCGUCCUGGAUCGCUUGGCCUACGUGGCGCGAGUGGAGGGAGCGUCGAUGCAGCCCUUCCUGAACCCAGAGGGGCGGUUGGACUGCGACGUUGUCCUACUGAACCGUUGGAGCGUGAGGAACUACGAGGUCCAGCGAGGUGACAUCGUCUCCCUCAUGUCGCCCAAGAACCCCCAGCAGAAGAUCAUCAAGCGGGUCAUCGGCCUGGAGGGAGACUUCAUCAGGACUCUGGGCUACAAGAACCGAUACGUUCGCGUUCCUGACGGCCACUUCUGGAUCGAGGGCGAUCAUCACGGACACAGUCUGGACAGCAACAGCUUCGGACCGGUGGCAGUGGGGCUGCUUCACGGUCGGGCCUCCCACAUCAUCUGGCCGCCAAAUCGCUGGCAGCGAAUCAAACCGUCUCUGCCGGCAAACCGAGGGCCGCUGGACACCGAGGAAGAAGAGGGAUGAAGACACACAGACACACAGUUUUAAUAACUAUAGUAGAGGGCUGGGUAUCGCCACUGAUUUCCUGAAUCCAUUCAA